GACCUUGGGGUUGGGGCGUGACAUGCUGUCCUGAAGACAGGACGUGGCAUGGAUAAAGGAGAUGACGCUCCUGCAGACUCGAGUCAAAGGAAGGUGCUUAGCCUUAAUCGCCGAGGCACAUUCAGCCAUGAGAGGUUUGGGAGGACUACCACAGUAAUUUGGAAGUACUUGUAUGAUGAGCCAGUGCUUUUCUGGUCUAGCUGGCUUGAGGAAAAGAAGAGGGUUGCUUGGAAGAAUUUUCAGAGGACAUAUUAUUGGGAAGAGGAUGAUGCUCGUGUGUAUAAAAUCUGGAGAUUACAUUGUCGAAAUCGUUUUCGAGACGAGCUUCAUCGUGCUCGAAAGGCGUGGGUCAGGGAGAAGAAGUUGCCCGAGUUCAUGCAUAAGGAUACCUUUAAAAUUUUGUUGGCAAAAUGGAUGAGUCCAAAAUAUAUUGCACUCCAGGAAAGAGGUCGGCAAAACCGAUCAAAGGGUGACCGUGUGACCCACACAACUGGAUGCCUUUCUAUUGGGAUCCAUGAGGAUCAACUGGCUGAGCAAACAUAUAACAAUGCUCACCAAAAAUAUGUGGAGAAGCAUGGGCCAAACAAGGAUUCAUGGCCAGAAUGGGAUCCACUUAUCUGGAAAGAGGUGGUUGGACCUCCUAAAAAGGGUCAAAUGAGAGGGAUGUCUACAUUACAGGAUCCAACAGAGCAUGGCAUCCCUUGGCGACGAUAUGACAUGAAAAUGACUAAGCGAGUUCAGACAGAGGUGGCCGCACGUAUUCAUACAGAGGUAUCACAGAGAAUAUCAAAGAUGGAGGCCAGCUUUGAGAGGAGAUUUCAAGAGCACAUGCGCUUACUUAGCCAGCAAUACUCUAUGAAUGCUACACAACCUCAGACUGGUUAUCCUUCUUCUGCACCACCUCAGACUGUUGAUCCUUCUUUUGAAGGAUUUAGACCUGAUCACUUCCCACCUCAUAGUUAGAGACAUUGAUAUUUGAAACUUAUAUUAUAUAUGUUUAUAUAUAUGUACUGUGUUUGUGGAUAUAUGGUAUGUAGGAUGAAAAGUUAAUAUAUAUUUUAUUAACUU